AUGGAUUGGACAGUGCUUGACGUGUCGCUUAAUGAGGAUUCAAGCGAAACGACAACGAAACGAGCCAUUCUUAAUAUGGAUGUGAUGGUUCGAAUGAAAGAAGCCGAAAAAGGACAACAAGAGAUUUGGAUUGGUUACACGCCGAAUGAAAGGACAUAUGCUGCACUCGUUGAUUAUCAAAUUAAACAUUUGGAUGAGGUGAUCUUCGCGAAGGAAAGAGCACUUUGGUGUCCGGAAACAAAUAAGAAAAACACGGAACAUUCUGAUUUUGUCGCUGAAUAUUGUGUUUUUCAUGGACACUCAAGAUGGAAAAAUGCGAAUGGAGUGAAAGUUGAAGUUCGAUCGAUUGAGCUUCUUCCGAUCAUUGAUAUGACUCAAAAAGAUGCAUACCGAAACUUUCUUGUGAAAUCAGGAGAACACAACUUUUAUGUGAAUACGAGGAUUUUAGCUGAGCAUUAUGGCGGAACUUUCUUCGAUCAAUGGAAUGCAAUGCAAAAGUUUGGACAUGUUGGAGCGAAUAUUUCCGAUGAUCGAUCGAUGCGAUUUCUUUUUGAUGCUUGUGUACGAUAUGAUCGUUUAGUGAUUCACGAUGGUAAUUUUAUGAAUAUUGGAUGGUGUGCGUUGAGCAUUGGAUCAGAAAAAUUGAUGCGAGCCGUGGAACAAUUCGUGAUUGAUCUCAAAGGAAUGCACCCAGUGAAGAAAAUCGAGAUUUCAGCCGAAUUGUUGUGUGCUCGUCUUUUUCAUUCGGCUACAAAUCAACUAGGACCACCGGCUGUUGCUCACCGAAAGAUUUUAGAAUAUGCGCAUCAGAACAAUCUGUCAUUGGACUAUUUGCAUCCCGCUUUACAGGCUCUUUCGAUUGUUACACCUGAACACAUCAUUACUACA